UGCACUGACGCUGAAAAUAUAGCCAUUGCACAUCAUAACAGACCUUGCUUCAAAAAUAUACAUUCGAUUUGUGCAAAAACUAGAUCCAAUGUACAGAAACCUGAUAGUGCCGUAGCCAACUUACACUCGCAGGGCAUACCGUGGGUCAUUAAAAACUUUAUAUUCUCUUUCGUCAGAAUUUUAGACGGCUGGAAAGGCGUUAAAGAACUGCUCAGUGAAAAACACGAUACAUUUUCCAGAAUUGAAAACAAAUACUAUAGCCCAAAUAUACGUGAAUGUUUCGUACAAUGGCAGGCGGUUACCAAAGAGAUGUUGACGCAUAUCUAUAAGACCUACAAAUGCCUAGAUCAUGGUUUUACAAUGGAGCAAAAGAGUUUUACUCACAAUUACUAUGCCACAAACUCUGCGGCCCCACGCCAUCAAAACCAGAGCAAGUUUCAGACGGUGAAACCUCACGUGAGCACCUCGAGACCCGUUAACGCCUCUCCUCAACCAUUCAACGCAGUCCAGCCACCGUGGGUACAGAACCAAAGUCAUUCUACCUCUCAAACUUUCAAUGAAGGUCCGUGGCCGGUCAGAGCAGGAGUCGCGUUUAAGAAGUUUCCGGUUGUACCACCUCCGAACUCUCAUAACUUCUAUCCUCUGAAUGAACAGGGUGAUAUGGAUGCGUAUCUAAAAGGCCCCUACAAAUGCGACCCCUGUAGCUUUCGUGAAGCAAAACCUCGUCAGUCUUGGACUAUUACCAACAUGCCUGACUUUCGAGCUUUAGAAAACAUGUGCCAUGCUGAGCAACGAGAACUAUACAACCAAAUGAAACACAAAAUGGAUGCAGAGCUUGGCAAAGCUCCCGGUCAGCCAAUAAUGAGCGGCAUGCUGUUCGAUCAAAUGCAACGCAGAGACAUGGAACUGAAAGCGAAGAUGAUACCUUUAAGUCAUGUCGAGAAAACCUUAAUACCUAACAUAGCGUCUUCUGUGGAGAUGCGAGGCAGGUACGUGCAGAAAAAUAACAGCUGCGGUGACACAAAAGAAGAGGCUGAUUUUUUUGCGGCGUGGGGUCAGAUGGUCCAAAAAGAACCUAGCGAUUUUAUAACUCAUCACUCGCACAACGUUCAAGUCCCGUCGAACGUUGUGUCGAUUCCUAAUAAUAUCUCUGGCCCCGUGCAAUUCAUUGAUCCUGAAAAUGAUGAGUACCACGAAAUGUCGAAAGUGUAUAUGAAACCCGGAAGUUACAAGGUGCCUAUAAAGCCGACGGAUCCGACGCCACCGUUCAUGCCAGGAUCGAGCCAAGAGGCGGUGUUUGACAACCCUUUAGUGGAGGAGAUGGCUUUGAAGAUGAAGGUGCCCUUUCCACCCGUGACGUUGGCACCGCAACCAAAGUACAACCUCGAGGCAUGGCCGUGCCUCAUGCCGAGGCGCGGUGACGAUAUGUUGACAGACGAACACAAGCUGAUGUCGAGACCUGGCAUGUCUGGUUUGGAUAUAAGAAACGCCGAACCUUUGGAGAUUCUGACUAUGAUGACGUCUGAUCGUGCCUGGGAAGCAGCUAAACAGUCGGCCCCCAAACUCGUAGACUUCAUUCACGAAGGAUCCAAGUCAGAUACAGCGAGGUUGUACGAUGCUUUGGGAUUGAGUGCUAACGAUGACCUCUCCGAAGAUUUAAAACAAGUGAAAUUCACAAUGGAAAACAGUGACACCUGGGCCGCUAGGAUGGGGUCUCACAACUUCAUUUCGAAGGACGCGCACAGUUUGUGGGAGAACUCUUCAACAAAUCAAGACCAAUCAGUUCUGAGCAAUGAUUCCAGCAAGUGUCUCGAUUCGGAGCCAAAAUCCCUUGAAUCCGACGAGGUUUCUAUUCCGGAGAAAAGGCAAGAGUCGAAAGAAACUCGUUUAAACUAUGAUCAGACUGGAAACUAUGUUAGAGGCGAGAACCAAAAGAAGCCAUCAAAAACCAAGGUGGCUGCGUCCGGGAUGUGGUACCACCCCAAGAAGAAGAAGCCCUUGCCAGCUGCCACUGUCAAAAAGUUCGAGGCUUUGCUUGGGAACCUCGCUCAACUAAACGAGGCCACUUUCAUCCAGCAUGACAUGGACAUAAAAGUGGCCCCCAGAUUCUACGAGGUAGUGAAGUAUCCGAUGUGCCUGCACGACAUCUCCACGAAGCUCAAGAACUCGUCGUACGCGGAACACGAGCAAGUGGUCCAGGACUUCAGGCGUAUUUUCAACAACGUCCGUCUUUAUUUAAAGUCUUACCCAGAUGCCGCUAUGAAGAAAAAUCUAAACAAGACAGCUGCAGAAUUUGAAAAGCUACUGAACGAAGAGUUUCAGAACAAAUGGGACAGUAAAUCCAAGACCCAGGACAACGCUGAAGACGGUAAAAAGGAAGACAAAGAAGACGCAAAAAGUGCAGAAAACAAAACGGACACAAAUAAGAAAUCAGACUCGAAAACUAGCGAUGACAAAAAGUAAGCUUUCAAAGUCAUUAGUUUUGCUAACUUUGAUUUCGCAUAGCACAAUUUCAUAUUUUAUUACAAACAAAUUUUUGUAUGAAUCGUUUGUUUAAACUAUUUAUUUAUUUUUAUUUAUAUGCCCCGAAACUCCAUAUCUGAUGUGGAUGAUUAGCUUGAAAAUAAGAUGCAUCUAGUCAUUAUAAAUAGAGAUUUGUUUAUUGUAAAUGUCAGUGAAGUAAUCUGAGCUUAUGGUAAGAAUAUUAAUGUAAUGUGUAAGUUUUUCGAAAGGACUUUAUUCCCUUCGGGGCACAACUAGAACUGUUGUUUUCUCUUCUGUUACUUUGUAUUUUAGUUUUCUACUUGCCUAUGUUGUUAGUUUCUCCAUUAUUUGUUAUAGUUAUUCCAAUGCUGUUGAAUUACCUACUUUCUGAUCAACAAAUUCGUGUUGUGAAGAGAUUUGUGGGAGACUUGUUAUUUCUGAAUAGGUUAGUUGUCAGUAUUUUGCAAAUUUCCUCUUUUGUAUUUCGCUAUAAAGUUCCGGACCCAGUUGUUAAUUUUGUAAAAUAUUUUUUGCCAAACACCAUGUGAUUUACGUUAUAUUUGUUGAAGAAAGCUAGUAACGUUUAUUCAUAAACUUCCAGCCUAACCUCUGUACAGCUUACUAUUGACGAUGUGUUUAGUCUUUUUCCUGGUCCGUAAUUCUUUGGAGUCACGGGAAAGGGACGAAUGUUAGUCAAGAUUAUCUUGCAAUAUCGUGUUUAUGUUUGACAUAAAGCAUUCUCUUGCUGGCAAAUAUGUAAGUGCGAGCAGGACAAACGCUCUACGACAAACAUAAACAUUAUUGUAAUGGUGGGGCUCUAAACCACCAACACCUAUCCUAUAGAUAUUAGUAAUUUUUGUACCACUCUAUCUGUGAUGUAUAUUUAGGUAAAAGUUGAUGAUGAAUUUGAAUCGUUUUCACGAUUAUUUCCUAGUUGUACGAAUUCCUUGCGUGUAUAUAGAGUAGAUAGCCUUAAAAUUUUACAGGAAAGCUUUAAAAAGUGAGCACAUUUACGUUAAAACAAAAAUAUAGUACCUAUUCAUUGUCUAGCUAUUAUUAACAAAAACCUAGACCUAGAUAAAUUAAUUUUAAAGUCUGUCCAAUCCUAUCCGUCACCAAAACAUUUGAAAAUAUAUAGCGCAAUAAGUUUUACAGCUAGGUCAUAUAUUUUUUUUAUUAUGCGCUUUUUAGUGACGAAUAUGGUUAGUCGGAUAUUUUUUCUAUCAGUAAUUAUUCAUAAUUUUUCUUGCGUGUACAAUUUAGAAUGUUACAUUUUCACAGACAAUAACUGUCACAAGAGUAAUAUUUAAUCAACUUACAUCAUCUUAAGAUCUUGAAGGCGAAGAAACGCUUAAAUUAUUACUAUCUAGUGAAGUAUGAUUUCUGAAAAAGUCUGCUGUAAACAGCUUAGACUAGAUUCUUUUUUUCAUUGUUAACGUAUUUUAUUAACAAUUUUAGAGUCCAUUUUACCUGCCAUAGACUAAGUAUAGUGACGUCACAGUUGACGAGUUUUGGCGCGAGUUGGCUGCAACUUUGGCUGCGUUCAUAAAUUCCAAAUUUUAAAUUGGACUAUGGGUGACGGUCGAGUUAAUUUUAAGUAUUCAUUAAGUUGCGAUUUUAUUUAUUAUUUAACUUAUGUACCUAAAAUUAUGGCAAGGAACACCUAUGGUAAUAAACAACUAAUUU